AUGGCGAAAUGGCGGGCGUUGGGUGUAAACGGGCGUUGGGUGGUGGAUUACGUUAAACGAGACCAACUGCACUCCUCAUCCCACACCAUCUCCUCAAGUUUGGCCGUUGAAUAUGCCAUCGUCGUUAUUCCAUCUAUGACCUUUAAUCAUGCAUUCCCUCCUAGUGUACGCAGUGCAAGCCAACAACGGAGCAAUCCCGUGUCUUGA